AUGAUUUGUUACUUCCAAAUGUUUAUUUUAUUAACAUCUUUAUUCCUUUGUUUUGGAGAGAUAAUUGCAAAUGGAGAGGCGGGUCAUAAUAAUGAAGAAAUUGGAAUGGAAAAAAGAAUGCUUUCAUAUGCUGAUUUAAUGAACAAUUUUGGAGGACCUAGUGCUCUCGAUUUGGCGGGUCAGGGCCUCCUUAUAGACGAUGAAAGACCAAAACGAGAACAAAAUUAUAAUAAUGACGAUGUACAUAUAAUGACUCUUUGGAAACGAUCACCUUCCUAUGGACCUUCUUUCUUUAACACAGCUGGUGAUUUGACUAAAAAGGAUGAUUUUAUUGCGCCAGGAGUUUUGAGAUUCGGGAAGAGAAUGCCUGGGGUUUGGAUCUUAUAUUUAAAUUUUAUUAAAGAAAUUUUAUUACACUCGAACCUCUCAUUUAUAGAUAACCCCAAUAUUAUUUACAGCUCUAAUUGGGUUGCGUUUAAUAUUUAG